UCCGCCCCCGCGCCGUGAUUGACGCGUGCAAGCUACUGUGCAUUGACCGCAAGCCAAUCGCAGGUAGGCGGGGCCCAACCGCGUUCGCCGUGCACGAAAUCGCCGUUGCGCAUGUCGGCGUUCAGAUUUCAGCACAUCUGUUUAUUCAUGCUCGUUGUGUGAUUGCCAACCGGUAAUUCUGUUGUGGAUGUGUCGUACGAUCAGCUGGCCCCUGUCGGUAUAAAUGCACGGUAGUGACCGGGGCGGCGCCAAUUUGUCUCCGAAGCGUCCAGAAACUGGCCAUCGCCUGAACGCAGAGCCAGACACUCCGUCAUCGCGGGUAGUCAGGUGCUGUGAUGCCGCGAGUGUGAUUCAAACUGACGUCUUCCUGCGCGAAAACAUGGUGGACGGCGGGCUGUAUGUUUAUAGGUGUGCAAUUUGUUUACAGAGCAUUUAAUCGCACACAGUCGCGAUUACUACAGUAGAUAUAUAGUCACACGAACUCUUCUACAAGAACGUUGUUAAUUUUCAUUCGAAUUUUGCAAUCGGCAACGGAGAUUUCCUGCAUUAGUCGGCGCCGAUACCCUGAUGGCGAAUGCUGACGUUAGACAACUCGCCUUACACGAACGAUGCUACGCCUAAGAGACUGUGACGGCGUCGGCUCAGCAUCGUUACUCAGUGCAGCGUGUACGUAAUACUGCUCCGGUACGCGCCUAAUCCGAAUUGAACUGUGAGUCUUAUCUACAACGAUCGUCAGAGCUGAGUGUUUGGUUUAGCGUAUAGAGCGUGGAUGUAAACAAUGCCACGGCCGGGCAAGAACACGUACGGCGAUCAGAAGCCGCCUUACUCGUACAUCUCCCUGACGGCGAUGGCGAUUCAGAGCUCGACCGAGAAGAUGAUGUCGCUCAACGAGAUCUACAAGUUCAUCAUGGACAACUUCCCGUACUAUCGCACGAACACGCAGCGCUGGCAGAACUCGCUGCGACACAAUCUGUCGUUCAACGACUGCUUCAUCAAGAUACCGCGCCGACCCGACCGACCGGGCAAGGGCAGCUACUGGGCGCUGCAUCCACACUGCGGCGAGAUGUUUGAGAACGGCAGCUUCCUACGACGGAGGAAACGAUUCAAGCAUCCGCAGUUAGCCGUCAGGUCUCUGCCUGUCUGCAUGAGUCCGCCGACCCCGGCCAGCCUCAUCCAGCACGAGCACCAUCAGACGCGGCUGCACCCCGCCGCGCACUUCUACCCCGUGUACCAGACGAUGACGCUGCCGACGUCGUCGCCGCCGAUCAGCAGCACGACGACGGCGACGUCCGAGCCGAGGAAGCAACCCUUCACUAUCGACAACAUACUCGGCUCCGCGUACAACCCGAACGUCUUUCCUCACGAUGCUAUGGACCGAGUAGCCGGCCACGCGCACGUGAUGGGCCCCGUCCUGCACGGCACCACGCCCGUGCACCAUCUACCGAUGUGCUCGAUAUCGGGGCCGAUCAAACCGACGCCUGUGCUUUCCGUGCCCUCGACAAUUCAUCCGGGAAUUCCUAUGCGUCUACCGGCGAAGGAAGGGACAAGUCCGCCAUGUCAGUGCAUAUCGUCAGCAGCUGUCCAGCACGAGUUGGCGAUCAAAGGUACUAUUUUGUCGUCGGCGUCCUUACCUGGGUGGAUUCGAACAAAUGCCGUCCUGCUGCCGUCGUCUCUGCCCAAAUCUAUGACGAUGAGUUCUCGGGCGCUGGUCUCCCAGCAAUGACGUCGACGAGAGACAAUUAAUAAUUAUCACCAACGUUCUAGACACUUAUUUAUGAAAGACGAGGCAACGUCAGUGGGAUAGGUACACAAUUACGCUGAUGUAUGUUUCGCGAUUAAAUCGUUAUUGAUAUUUUGCGUUGGUAUGUUUAAUCGAUACAGCGUGUAUAGCCAGCCUCCAAGCUCUGCUAAUAAUUGGACAUUAUGUACUCGAACUGCAGCAAAAUUUUACUCGUAUCUUACAGCCACGGCCAACGGAAUUAUGCAACGCGUCUUUCUACACGCGUUUCUAUAAAAUUCCUAUCAUAUUAAACGAUAAAGGAUUUGACAAAAUUAUUAGCUAAAAACGACAUAAAUUCUCACGCAGUUUUGAAUUAAUUCACGUCAAUGACAUAAUGAGAUGCCAUGUCACAGUUAUUGGUAGCGGAGCCACGCGCAGAGUUACAUGAUAGCAAAAGCUAAUAAUACCUAUUAUUAGCUAUUGAUUAUAGGCAAGUCUUAUAUCACCAGAGACGUCAUGAGUGAUCACAACUGUACUCGAUAUAGUGGAGCACAGAUGCAAUAAACGUCAUGUGAAUUUUCAGUGUACAUAAAUACGGUUACUAAGUCAUUAUGCGUAUAACUGUAUUAACUAUAUCUAGGCCUAUACAUGCACAUAGCCGUAUGUAAUGUGUGCUUGUUUCAUUGGCUGGUCCAAACAAUUAUGUGUAGCGGUGCUAAAUACCACUGUAGUAUGAUCAUGAUAUGCAUACAAGAGGUUAUGCUACACGUGAGAACGAACAUUCUGAAAAUAGUCUAUGAACGGAUCAAAUUGUUGUUAUAUGAUGUCAAUUUUAUAUAUACUGGAUAAAGCAUGAUAUCAAAAUACUUUAGCGUCGAAUAAUUUCUCUCGUAGAGUACCCAAUAACAAGACCACCACUUGAGCUUUACGCCACCAUGAACCUGUAAUUAUAGUAUGCCUUACCUGAUGACAGCGACGUCGAAUAAUUUCCAUAAUGUAUAUCGCUCUUGACAUCCAUCACGCAAUUUUAUCGUCAGAACGUCAACUGUUUUAUAAAUACGAUUUUCAUAUUUUAAUUUACCGUUCGCAGUAUAGGCGUCUACGCGAGAAAUCUAUCAUAUUUCGGUUUUUAUUUCUUGUACACCCACCUCACGGGCCAUGUACGCUACUGUACGUCGUUCUGCGCAUUCAUGUAUGCCACGUCAAGUAAUAUGCUGCUAUCAGACGGCAAUACAUAUUUACCUGCACGCGAAGCGCCAUGAUGAAUUUUAUUUCACUCGUCUGUUGCUUUGAGCUAUGUAUAAUUGUUUGUCUUCCCAUAGCAAGAUGCUGUUCGAUCUAAACGUGCUGCGACGAGUACACUGAGAAAUAUAGACUAUAUAAAUAGACUGUUCACGUUGAAUAUUGCUGUAAUAGCUGUGUUUAUGGUCAAAUGUAGUUAGAGUUGUAAAAUAUGUGAAAUGCAUUACGACAAACUAAAUAGUGUUGUUAUAAGCUGCAUGUAUGUGUUUUAUACACAGGAAAAUGGUCCAUUAAAUAUACCAACGUUAAAACCUUGUUUACAUAAAAA